AUGUCGGCAAAUUCCUCUGAACGUACCGUAACCACCACCACCCCUCCAUCGCAAACCACCGGGAACUCCCUAAACGCAGCGCAUCACUUCGUUUCCAUAAAAUUAAACAACCGAAAUUUUUUAUUUUGGCGCACUCAAAUCAUACCCUUCUUACGUGGUCAGGGACUCUUAGGCUACAUUGAUGGCAGCCACUUAUGCCCUCCGACGACCCUUCCGGUGACGGCACAGCCAGGCAACUCCGGCACCACCGCAGCUGGCUCAAUGGUCGCCAAUCCGGCGCAUGCGGCGUGGGUUCAGCAGGAUCAAUCGAUCCUGUCUCUCCUGAUCUCAUCUCUAUUCGACGAGGUCAUGCCGUUAGCGGUUGGCCGGGAAAUGUCACGCGAUGUCUGGCUCUCCAUCAACGAAUCGCUGGCGUCCUCUACCCGGGCUAGGUGCCUCAAUUUACUCGGUCAGUUCCAGACACUCCGUCAAUGCAACAUGUCGGCCUCGGAGUAUCUUGGGAAGGCGAAGAUGUUGGUCGAAGCUUUGUCCCUGGCAGGCCAUCGACUCUCCCUUGACGAACAGGUUCUGUACGUAUUGAGGGGGCUCCGCCCGGAAUUCCGGGCAAUGGCGAGUGCACUGACAGUGACCGGCACACCGAUGACCUUAUCACAGCUUGGUGAUCUUCUGCAAGCUCAAGAUUUCAUCCAGGGGGAUGAAUUUGCGAUGGACCAGUCCGUGAACACUGCUCCGGUUGCCAUGUACGCUGGCCGUGGUGGCCAGUCCAGCGGAGGAUCCGGACGUGGUGGGCGGCAGAACAGCAACAAUCGCAGCCGUGGGCGAGGAGGCCGGCAGUCCGGCGGUCGUGGCCGUGGCAGCCCUCGCUGCCAAAUCUGCAAGAGUCACGGCCACACUGCCAUAUUCUGCAACAAACGGUACACCGAGCCACCGUCGCAUGCCCACAUGACCGUCGUGGGAACACCAUCGGCAGACACUGCCCGUCGGAAGCCUGGUUUCCCGACACCGGCGCCACCACUCACGCCCUCACGAAACAUGUUAAGAUCGAUUAUCACUUCGUUGGGGACAAGGUCGCAUCCGGGGAUUUCAUUGAGGUUUUAG